AUGGCGGUAUCCGCGCCUGGAUCGUAUGCUGUUGUGGCGAAAUCGUCCAUACCCUCCGGUGAAAUCAUUGCACGUAUCCCAUGCUCAGCGCUGUUUUGCGUGCGGUACAGUGACUUGGCAAAAAAGCAUGCCCUCCAACAGGCGCUUGGCAGGUACGCGUCUACGCUGUGCUUGGCGUUAUGCGUACUGCACGAACAGGAAAUAGGGGCUCGAUCUACUUAUGCGAGUUAUUUGGAGCUCAUUCCGGACGUUUGCCUGCCGAUGGCCUGGGACUCUAAGUCUGAGGCAUCGACAUGGCUGCGAGGAACCGAAGCUUCGCGCAUACUACAGCGCCAAGAGUAUGCGUACAAACACGGACUCAAGUACACUGGUACAUGUUACACGGAGCUGGCCAUGUUCUGGCACGAUGUAGGUGAAUCCAUCCUUUACGAUGCGCUGGGCGCAAAAGUCAGCUGGAAAGCGUUCGUGCGUGCAUUUUCAUUGGUCUCAAGUCGCGCGUUUGUGAUUGACGUGUUCCAUGGUCUAUGUAUGGUGCCUCUCGCCGAUAUGUUCAAUCAUGCAGCGCCAAGCAAUCUACAAGUCGAGUCAGAUAUGGAGGUAUGCCUGCAAUGCGGGUCUAAUGAGCACAUCGAAUGUCAUGUCGUCAGUGCGAACGGCAACAUACCGCCCAACACGGUCGACAUCCGUACAAUAGAGCCGCUUGACGCUGGCGAGGAAGCAUUGAAUUCAUACGGCGAACUUGGGAAUGCCGAGCUUCUUUGCCAGUAUGGGUUUGUAUCUGAUACUAAAAGUGGCUGGGAACGUUGCAGCUGGGACAUCCGUCUUCCGAGUGAGCGCGAGGAAUUGUGCAAUUGCUUGGGCUGUGAUCCAGCUGCCCUCGAUAAUGUUGAACAGGUCCGUUCUCUCGAGCCCAUAUAUGCUGCACAAAUGCAGCGCGAUCUAUGCGACGAUGGUCUAGCACCCGCAUACACCGACGAAGAUGGUUUGGCACACGACUUCGCGCCGAUUUCGCAAAAAAACCGGCACGAUCAGCUCUGUCCGCUAUUUGUGGACGCCGUUGGCCGCGUGAGUUGGCCACUAUGGCGCCUUGCACUUGGCCUAGAAAAUCAGAUAUGCAGUCGUAUCCAUCCACUUGACAGUCAUCUGGCUCACUGGCAUGCAGACAGGUCGGUGUCGCUUACGCCGCGAGUCAAGACAGCCUGUGAACGGAUUGUGCAACUGUGUCAGGUGCGGCUUGAGCAACUGCGUGUCUUCCACGAGGAUCAGAGCAUUGAUCCACCUUCGUCUACGUCAGAUGCACUCCACUUUGCUGUCCAGCACGCGUGGCAAGACAUGAGUAUUCUACAAGCGUGCCAGGGCAGGUACGACACUGGAUGCACAGAUAUGGGUGGCUUGUCCACGUGA